AACUACUGUCCCGUUUGCAUAAAUUAACCUCAAGUUGUCUUGAGACGAAGGAUUCAAGAAACAGUCCAUCGUCUUCAGAUACAGUUAGCCUACAGUUCAACAGUCCAAUUUCAUCAACGAGAUCUGAUUACAAAGCUGAACGUCAAGAAAAUCAAUUGGUUUAUCCUCUUGCAACCAGUAUCAUUCCUUCACAAAUAAAAGAGUUGAACCAAAAUCCAUCCAAUACUUCAUAUGAACACUCAAUUGAAAGUUCAGACUUUUGUACAAAGAUGGAUACGAGACUAAGAAGUCCCCUUAAGAUGAAUACUUCAGAGUCAUUUUCUUGCUGUAUUCAACCAAUUAAUAAGAAAGCUGAUUUUCUAUGUAAUAAAUCCUCCAAACCUCAUACCUUUCGAUUACCAUUAAAAUAUCGUUGGUCACAAAUGAAAAAUCAAAAUAUAUUCAAAGUUGAAGAUAAGAAUGAUUACAAUUCCACCAGUCAACAGAAUUUAUCGUGUAGAAUCAAUGAUCGAUUUAUUUUUGAACCCAAAUGCCCUAAAUUCAUUGAUGAUCAUGAUCUAGUUUCAAACCAAUGGGGUAGUGUUACUGAUGAUCAAAAAGAAAAUAUUCGACAGAUUAUUAGUGAACAAAAUGUUUGGCGACCAUAUUUAAGCUGAAUGUGUUAUUUUUUUGCAAUUUUAUCCAUCUUAUGU